AUGGAGAAGCCCAGCGCCUCCAGCUCCAGCCCAGGGCACUGUGCUGUGGUCACCCGAGAGCUGCUCCUGGCUGCAUUCGAGGACUUAAGCCAGGAGCAGCUGAAGCGCUUCCGCCACAAGCUGCGGCAUGCGCCAGAAGGCAGCCGCAGCAUCCCGUGGGGGCGUCUGGAGCACGCUGACGCCGUGGACCUGGUAGAGCGGUUGGUGGAGUUCUAUGGGCCUGAGCCCGCGCUGAAAGUGGCCUACAAGGCCCUGAAGAGGUCUGACGUGCGAGACGUGGCGGCGCGACUCAAGGAACAGCGGUUGCAGAAACUCGGCCCUGGCCCCUCGGCGCAGCUCUCCGUGUCCGAGUACAAGAAGAAAUACCGCCAGCACGUGCUGCAGCUGCACGCCAAGGUGAAGGAGAGGAACGCCCGCUCCGUGAAGAUCACCAAGCGCUUCACCAAGCUGCUCAUCGCGCCGGAGAGCCCCGACCUGGAGGACGAGGAGCUGGGGCCCGCGGAGGAACCAGCGCCCCAGCGCGCACGGCGCUCCGACACUGACACCUUCAACCGGCUGUUUGGCAGAGACGAGGAGGGCGGGCGGCCGCUGACCGUAGUGCUGCAGGGCCCGGCGGGCAUUGGCAAGACCAUGGCUGCCAAGAAGAUCCUGUACGACUGGGCGGCCGGCAAGCUGUACCACGGCCAGGUGGACUUCGCCUUCUUCCUGCCGUGCCGCGAGCUUCUGGAGCAGCCGGGCGAGCGCUGUUUGGCCGACCUGAUCCUGGAUCAGUGCCCCGACCGCGGCGCGCCGGUGCGCCAGAUGCUGGCGCAUCCCGAGCGGCUGCUCUUCAUCCUGGACGGCGCCGACGAGCUAUUGGCGUUGGGGUCCGCCGAGGCCGCGCCCUGCGUCGAUCCCUUCGAGGCAAGCGGAGGGGCGCAGCUGCUGGGCUCGCUGCUGAGCAAGGCUCUGCUACCCGACGCCCGCCUGCUGGUGACAACGCGCGCCGCCGCGCCCGGGAGGCUGCAGGGCCACCUGCGCUCGCCACAGUGCGCCGAGGUGCGCGGCUUCUCAGACAAGGACAAGAAGAAGUUCUUCUACAAGUUCUUCGGAGACGAGCGCAGGGCAGAGCGCGCCUACCGCUUCGUGAAGGAGAACGAGACGCUAUUCGCGCUGUGCUUCGUGCCCUUCGUGUGCUGGAUCGUGUGUUCCGUGCUGAGCCAGCAGCUCAAGUGCGGCCAGGACCUGUCGCGCACCUCCAAGACCACCACGUCGGUGUACCUGCUCUUCAUCGUUAGCCUGCUGGGCUCGGCGUCCCCCGCCAACGGGGCCUACGUGCAGAGCGAGGUGCGCAAGCUGUGCCGCCUGGCCCGCGAAGGCGUCCUGAGGCGCCGGGCGCAGUUCUCAGAGAAGGACCUGGAGCGACUGGAGCUGCGCGGCUCGGUCGUGCAGACGCUGUUUCUCAGCAAGAAGGAGAUGGCGGGCGUGCUGGAGGCCGAGGUCGCCUACCAGUUCAUCCACCAGAGCUUCCAGGAGUUCUUCGCAGCGCUGUCUUACCUGCUGGAGGAGGAGGGGCCCCCCGAGGAGCCGGCUGGCGGCGUCGGGGCCCUCCUGGGCGGGAAGGCCGAGCUGCGCGACCACCUUACGCUCACCACGCGUUUCCUCUUCGGGCUGCUGAGCGCUGAGCGGAUGCGCGACAUUGAGCGCCACUUCGGCUGCGUGGUCUCAGAGCGCGUGAAGCAAGAAGCCCUGCGGUGGGUGCAGGGGCAAGGCCGCUCCAUGGCGGCGCCAGAGCGGACCGAGGAGACUGAGGGACUCGAGGGGGCUGAGGAGCCGGAGGAGGAGGACGACGAGGAGGAGCUCAACUACCAGCUGGAACUGCUGUACUGCCUGUACGAGACGCAGGAGGACGAGUUCGUGCGCCAGGCUCUGCGUGGCCUGCCCGAGCUGGCGCUGGAGCGAGUGCGCUUCAGCCGCAUGGACCUCGUGGUCCUGAGCUACUGCGUGCAGUGCUGCCCGGCGGGACAGGCGCUGCGGCUACUCAGCUGCCGGCUGAGUGUGCUGCAGGAGAAGAAAAAGAAGAGCCUGGUGAAGCGGCUGCAGGGCAGCCUGGGAGGCAGGAAUUCUGGAGGCAGCUCGAGACAACCAGCAGCCUCCCCACUGCGUCCGCUCUUGGAGGCCAUGACUGACCCACACUGUGGUCUAAGCCGCCUGAUGCUCUCCUGUUGCAAGCUCCCAGACAUGGUCUGCCGGGACCUGGCUGAGGCCCUGAAGGCGGCCCCUGCCCUGACUGAGCUGGGCCUCCAUCACAACAGUCUCAGCGACGUGGGCCUGCGGGUGCUGUGCGAGGGGCUGGCCUGGCCCAGGUGCCGAGUGCAGACACUCAGGGUGCAGCAGCCUGACCUCCAGGAAGCGCUCCAAUACCUGAUCGGCCUGCUCCGACAGAGCCUGGUGCUGACCACCCUGGACCUCAGUGGCUGCCAGCUGCCAGGCCCCACCAUGACCUACCUGUGCUCAACCCUGCAGCAGCCAGGAUGCAGGCUGAAGACCCUCAGUCUGGCCUCCGUGGAGCUGAGUGAGCACUCGCUGCAGGAGCUGCGGGCUGUGAAAAUGGCAAAGCCAGGUCUGAUCAUCACACACCCUGGGCUGGAGGAUGAAGCAGACUCUCUCGGAGGGGUCAGCAGUGCCCUCUGA